AUGGGAAACGUCUUCAGCGGCAUUUUUGGGCGACUCUGGGGAGUGAACAAGGAGAUCCGCAUUCUGAUUCUCGGCCUGGACGGCGCGGGCAAGACCACGAUUCUGUACAAGCUGCAAAUGGGCGAGGUGGUGAAGACCAAGCCCACGAUCGGAUUCAACGUCGAGACACUCACAUAUAAAAACAUAUCGAUCAACAUGUGGGAUCUGGGCGGGCAGACGUCGAUCCGUCCGUACUGGCGAUGCUACUACGCCAACACCGCAGCCGUGAUCUUUGUUGUCGACUCCACGGACAAGGAGCGUAUAGAGGUGGCCAAAAAGGAACUACACAUGAUGCUGAAGGAGGACGAGCUCACAGACAGCGCAUUGCUCGUGUUUGCCAACAAGCAGGACCAGCCGGGCGCCUUGGCGGCGGCCGAGGUGUCGAAGGCAUUGGGACUGGUGGAUCUGAAGGACCGCAGUUGGAGCAUCGUUGCGUCCAGUGCCAUCAAGGGCGAGGGACUGUCCGAGGGCCUUGAUUGGCUCAUCGACAACUCGCUCCUGAACGACGCAAGGGUGUCCAGGGGCCUGUACAAGAACCCUCUAGUUUUGAGCAACAAGAACCAGCUGGUGGUAGACCCUCAGCAGCCCACGUACGAGAUGGGGCUCUAUGUGGCGUCGCAAAAGGAGCUGGAAAAGGAGUCCAACGAGAUCCGGCGCGAGCAGAAGAGCCGCAAAUACACCGGCUGGUUCUACUACAUCAAGUACUGGCUGCUGGAUUACGUCUGGGAACCGGUGAUCACUGUCACGCGGUUUGUGGAGCUCACGUCGCUGUUCAUACCCAUGUUUGCGACGUAUCCGAUAGUAUUCUUUGGCAAACGCAACAAGGAGGGCGACACAUCGGGAGCGUUGCUGUGGUAUCGGUUGGUUCGUCAUCUGGCAGAGCUUGCCGGGGCUUCCUUCAUCAAGCUUGGCCAGUGGGCCGCCUCGCGUACAGACAUCUUUUCCAAGGGUCUGUGCGAGGAGCUGGCCCAAUUGCACUCCAACGCAAAGUCGCACUCGUUCCGCCACACCAGACAGAUUAUCGAGAGCACCUUUGGCGGAAACAAGCUGGAGGACGUGUUUGACGAGUUCGAUCCCGUGCCCAUUGGCUGUGGAGCCAUUGCGCAGGUGUACAAGGCGAAGCUGAACAAGAAGUUUGCCGAGGACGACCACGAGCAGUACGUUGCUGUCAAGGUUGUGCAUCCGAACAUUGAGGUCAAGAUCGAGCGAGAUCUGCGUCUCAUGCGAUUUUUCGCGAACGCAAUAGACGUCAUUCCCACGAUGGAGUGGCUCUCUUUACCGCAGGAGGUGGAGCAGUUCUCUAUCCUGAUGAAAAUGCAGCUGGACCUCAGAAUCGAGGGCCACAACCUGCUCAAGUUCAAGGAGAAAUUCCCGGGCGACGAGAUCCGGUUCCCUAAGCCGUUCAUGAACAUUAGCUCGCGAAAAGUGCUCGUCGAAGAGGAAAUCAAAGGUCUUUCGAUGACAAAGAUACUCAAUCUUACAAAAGGAGGCAAGCACAUCUCUAAAGAGGUCAGCGACAGCAUGAUAGACGCGUUCCUCAAGAUGCUCAUUCUAGACAACUUUAUCCACGCCGACUUGCACCCGGGCAACAUAUUUGUUCGCUUUGUGCAGCGGGAUAGAAAGACGCGCAAGACGACCUCGGACGAGCUGGAAACAGACGAGCUGAUGGCUCGUCUACGAAAGAUCAACAAGGCGUCCGAACUGAUGGCCGAGCUCGAAAAACUGGACAAACAGGACUACCACCCUCAAAUCUGUCUGAUAGAUGCAGGACUGGUGACGGAGCUUGACGACACCGACAGAUACAACUUUAUUUCGCUGUUUAACGCGCUGUCGCAAUUCGACGGCUACGAAGCGGGCACACUGAUGAUAGAGCGCUCAAAGACACCAGGAUCGGCCAUUGACACGGAAGUGUUCAAGAUGAAGGUAGAGAGACUCGUUAAUAGAGUCAAACAGCGGACAUUCACACUGGGAUCGAUAUCAAUUGGAGACUUGCUAGACCAAAUGCUCGGCAUGGUGCGCUCGCACCACGUCCGCAUGGACGGAGACUUCAUCACGGUGAUAGUAGCAAUACUGCUCAUGGAAGGUAUCGGACGCCAGCUGGACCCGGACCUUGACCUUUUUGCCAGGUGCGUAUUUGCAUGGAAUGUGGGGUUCCCCACAUACUGA